AUGAAGCUGAAUCAUGUGAUCGUGGUCCUUGUUAUAGCAUUGGCAGCAGCAGUGUUGCAUGGAACAGAAGCCAAAAAGUAUCAAGUCGGAGGCGACUUGGGUUGGACUAUCCCUCCCGGCGGCGCUUCCACUUAUGCUUCAUGGGCUUCAAAGCACACCCUUAAAGUUGACAAGGAUACUCUAGUGUUCAACUUUAAAGCAGGAGAAAAUGACUCGACUAUAGUAACCAAGGAGAAUUAUGACUCCUGCAACACCAAGGAUCCGUUGUAUCAAAUCAAGAGUCCGGGUGUAGUUGUCGGUGCUUCCACGCCGGGCACAUUUUAUUUCACCUGCAGCUUCGCCGGGCACUGUCACAAGGGGCAAAGGGAACAGAAGCCAAAAAGUAUAGAGUCGGAGGCAACUUGGGUUGGACUAUCCCUCCCGGCGGCGCUGCCACUUAUUCUUCAUGGGCUUCCAAGGUUCAACUUCGAAGCAGGAGAAAAUGACUUGAUUCUGGAAACAAAGGAAAAUUUCCACACCUGCAACACAGCUGAACCAUUAUUACAAUUCGAGGGUCCAGUAUAUAUUGGAUCUGCCAAUCCCAGCACAUUAUAUUUCACUUGCAGCUUCGCCGGGCACUGCCAGAAGAGGCAAAAGGUAGCCAUCGAUUUUGAACCCCCUUCAAACCUAGCCUGUUGCCUAGUGCAAGUCCAGGUCCAUGUCCCAUGGCCAGUUCGAGUGCUUCCGAUGAAUCUGCGGCCACCGAACAUCUCGAAAUAA